CUCAAUGAAGGUGCCAUAAUCUGUGUUUCUCUUUCUGCAGAAAUUACCGACCUGAUGGUGAAUCAAACCCCAACCAGUGUCAGUGAUUUCGAAGGCUCAGAACUUACCAUGAAUUGUACAUUCAAGACAGUCAAUAACCACAGCACCAUGUAUGUGCGAUGGUAUAACUAUGGGACUGAGGGACUAAAGAAAGAGCUGAUGAAUGACAGCGAUGUGAUCACAACCCUGCAUUUGGACAAUGGGUUUGCCUCUCUCACUUUGAAGAACGCAAAUUCAUCUGAUACAGGAACCUACGUGUGUGAGGUGGGGAUCACAGCAAGGAACCUCUCUGGGAAUGGAACAGGAACCCAAGUGACCAUCGAGAAUUUUCCCGAGCUGAUGGUGAAUCAGACCCCAGCCAAUAUCCCUGUGUCAGAAGGGUCAGAUCUCACCAUGGAGUGUAGAUUCACGGUAUGGAAUAAACACAAGACCUUGUAUGUGAAAUGGUAUAAACAUAGCGGAACUGGGGGAACGAAGAAGGAGCUGAUGAGCGAAAGAGUCAGGGACCCAGCAGCCCUGGCUUUGGAAAAGGGUUUUGCUUCGUUCACUCUGAAGAACGUGAAUGUAACCGAUACAGGAACCUACGUGUGUGAGGUGGGGAGCACAGCGAGGAACUGGUCUGUGUCAGGAGCCGGAACCCAAGUGACCAUCACUCGUAAGUAUCAGUAUUUUCCUAUCUGAUCUUCCUGCUGUGAGCGACAGCGAAUGGCAGCCUAAAGGACAAAGAAUGAACGACUGUAGCUGGCAAAAGCGGGUCUGAAUUCUCAGGUGUGUCCAGUAUAUAACCCAUAAAAAUAUGGGCUCCAGCCUGUGAGGAGCUGAAGAUAACA